AUGGGCCAUCAUAAACAGCGCUUGCAGAGCUUCAACGACGCGCCAACUCCUGAAAAACUCUCCACUGUCAUCAGAGUUGCCUGGGAAUCAAGUGAUGCUGAUUUCAGCGAACGGCUGAUUUCAUCCAUUGCCAUCCGCCUGCAAGAGUGUAAGAACAAUAAAUAUAACGUGACAAAAUAUGAAGGAGUCAUUGGUUCCCGAGGAGCUGCAGUUGCGAGGAACGCUGUUACGCGAGAUCCGGCGACACUGGCAUGUAGCUUGGUUCCCCCUCUCCCAGUCCCCCACUCUGGCGAGCUGUCUGCGACGCUCAGCCUUGGCUUGGCAUCCGAUGGAGAUGGAGCUCCCACUCACUUCUCCCGCCAGAGAGAGGAUGUCACUGGAGCCGAUGUUACCGCGGCGGAGAUCCAAGGACUGACGCCUGGUACAGUUUACGAGUUCCUAAUCCAAUCACACAACGCUCAGGGAAGGUCUAACUACACCUCUUCAAGUGCUCAGAUUCCAGUGCCAGGAGUUGUAAAAGAAGUUGCCAGCAGCAGCAGCAGCAGCAACAACAGUCAGCCGGGUGUUCCUCUCCUGACAAUGUUCCUUACGUCUCUGACUGGCGCAGCCUUGCUGGUUCUGAAUAUCAGCAUCAUCGUCUGCUUCGUAAAGCGCUUCGUUCUGAAGAGGAACACUUCAGCUGUUUCUGAAGCUUAUGGGCCUGUUUGGACACCUGGCUCGGACCUUGAGACCGGAAGAACUGGAAGUAUAGACUCUAUAUCAUCUCAAGUGCAUUAUCAAUUCAUUAGUCAGUCUCCAAUGGGUGAAGAAGAAAGAAGAUUCUCCUCAACAACUCACAGUCUCAUGACAGAACUAUCAGAGUAUCAGAAACAGGAAGAAACUCCUCUAACAACAAUACCAACUUCUGAUUACUUCAUCAGCACAGCCAGUCCUCUUAGUAAUUACAGAAGUGACUUGAUCAAUGAAGGAUUGAAUUUAGCAGCACGAAAAUCCCAGUCUUCAAAAUCUCUGACCAAUUUUAAUGAAUUCAUGACACCAGGAGAAUCACAACAUGGUCUAGAUGACAACAUUUUUAGAAGGAUGAAGGUAAGGGUUCAGUCUCCAGACAUCCCUGAUGUGUGCCCCAAAAGCCCCACAUUAUGCCCUUCAUUGACUCGUCUGCAGAGUUGUGAAAGGAUAGUGAGUCAACUUGAUGAUAAUGAAGACAGAAUCUCUUUGUCGUCAAAUCAUAGUGACUCCUCUUACAAAGGCAUUCAGGGACAAGGUCAUAUACCAUGGUCAGCACACAUUCAGCAACAACAGAAAGAGGAACAGAAACGUGAGCAUUUGCAGCAUUUACAACAGCAACGACAAAUGUCCACAGCAACACUGCCCUCAACUAGAUCAUCAACGGCAAUCCACAGAAAAUACGCUGGAUCAUCAUCAAAUCAUUCAUCAGUGGUCUGA